GGGUGCAGAAUUGAAAUUGUAGCAAGCUUCCAAUAAUAUAUGGCAAUUUGGUACAUAGUGAAAUUAUGGACAAAGUGAUGGACAAUUUGGAAUUAAGAGAAUACGUUGGCUUCCCAUACCUCUCACUCCUCUAUAUAAGUAAAUUAGCUUAUGUUCAAGAAAAUAUCCUUCAGUAAUAUUACUCAACAUGGCAAAUCAUAUUGCCUUGUGUAUUUGGUUGCUUUCUAUAAUUCAAUUGGCAAAGUCAGAAACUUAUAUCAUUCAUAUGGAUUUGUCAGCCAUGCCAAAAGUUUUUUCUAGCCAUCAUAGUUGGUACUUGACAACACUUUCUUCUGUAUCAGAUAGCAGGACAAGUAGCAAAGACUUCUUGUCCUCUAAACUAGUUUAUACUUAUAGUAAUGCCAUCAAUGGUUUCAGUGCAAGUCUUUCUCCUUCUGAAAUAGAAGCUAUUAAGAAUUCUCCGGGCUAUGUUUCUUCGAUUAAGGAUAUGUCGGUUAAAAUUGACACAACUCACACAUCCCAAUUCCUUGGCCUCAACUCUGAGUCUGGUGUAUGGCCUACACCAGAGUCCGAUUAUGGAAAAGAUGUCAUAGUUGGAUUAGUUGACACCGGGAUAUGGCCUGAGAGUAGAAGUUAUAGUGAUGUUGGGAUGAAUGAAGUACCAUCAAGAUGGAAAGGAGAAUGUGAAAGUGGAACUCAGUUCAAUUCCUCUUUGUGCAAUAAGAAACUCAUUGGCGCUCGUUACUUCAAUAAAGGCCUACUUGCCAACAAUCCGAAUCUUACCAUUUCUAUGGAUUCUGCUCGUGAUACAGAUGGACAUGGGACUCACACUUCUUCCACGGCCGCUGGAAGUCGUGUAGAGGGUGCAUCUUUUUUUGGCUAUGCCACUGGAACAGCUACAGGCAUAGCACCAAAGGCUCAUGUGGCCAUGUACAAGGCUCUAUGGAAAGAAGGUGUAUUCUUGUCUGAUAUUCUUGCAGCAAUUGAUCAAGCAAUAGCAGAUGGUGUAGAUGUAUUGUCCUUGUCAUUAGGCAUAGACUCGCUUCCACUACACGAAGACCCUGUUGCAAUUGCCGCAUUUGCUGCAUUGGAGAAAGGUAUAUUUGUUUCCACCUCUGCAGGAAAUGAAGGGCCUUAUUAUGAAACUUUGCACAAUGGAACACCUUGGGUGCUCACUGUUGCUGCUGGCACAGUUGACCGCGAGUUUAUUGGCACACUAACACUUGGAAAUGGAAUUUCGGUCACUGGCUUAUCACUCUACCCGGGGAAUUCUAGUUCAAGUGAAAGUUCAAUUAGCUAUGUUGAUUGCCAAGAUGAUAAGGAACUGCAGAAAAAUGCACACAAAAUAGUGGUCUGUAUUGACAGGAAUGAUUCAGUUAGCGAGGACGUCUACAAUGUAAGAAAUUCAAAAGUUGCUGGUGCAGUCUUCAUAACUAAUUCAACUGACUUGGAAUUCUACCUCCAAAGUGAAUUCCCAGCUGUGUUUUUGAACUUUCAAGAGGGUGAUAAAGUUCUCAAGUACGUUAGGAGCGACUCUACACCUAACGCAAAGAUUGAAUUCCAAGUGACACGUAUUGGUGCUAAACCAGCACCAAAAGUAGCUAGUUAUAGCUCAAGAGGACCAUCACCAAGCUGUCCUAUAAUUCUCAAGCCUGAUCUCAUGGCUCCUGGUGCCUUAAUACUUGCUUCAUGGCCACAACAAACACCGGUUACUGAAGUUACAUCAGGAAAACUUUUUAGUAAUUUCAACAUUAUAUCAGGUACAUCAAUGUCAUGUCCACAUGCUUCUGGUGUAGCAGCACUUCUAAAAGGAGCACACCCUGAAUGGAGCCCUGCAGCUAUCCGAUCCGCCAUGAUGACCACAGCCUACGUAUUGGACAACACACAAAGCCCCAUCCAAGACAUAGGUUUGAAGAAUGCUGCUGCUUCUCCUCUAGCUAUGGGAGCUGGACAUAUCGAUCCAAACAAGGCGCUAAAUCCCGGACUCAUCUAUGAUGCAACACCACAAGAUUAUGUUGAUCUCCUCUGUGCUUUGAACUUCACAUCCAAACAAAUGCAAACCAUCACAAGAUCCUCCUCUUCUACUUGUUCCAACCCAUCAUUGGACUUAAACUAUCCAUCUUUCAUUGGCUAUUUCAACCGAAACAGCAGCUAUUCGGAUCCUAAAAGGAUUCAAGAAUUCAAAAGAACAGUAACUAACUUACAAGAUGGUACAUCAGUAUACACAGCAAAGCUCACUCCAAUGGAUAAAUUUAAAGUUAGUGUUGUACCAAAUAAGUUGGUUUUCAAAGAGAAGUAUGAAAAGCAAAGCUACAAGCUAAGAAUAGAAGGUCCAACAAUUAUGGAUGAUAUUGUGGUUGAUGGUUCAUUGAGUUGGGUGGAAACUGGAGGAAAAUACAUAGUCAUAAGUCCAAUUGUUGCAACAAGUAUAAGAGUGGAUCCUUUGUCAGGACAUAACUGAUAUAGUGAAAUGAUCUCUUAACUAAUUGUCUUUUAAAUGUGAUAUUGUAACACAUAAUUAAUGUGAAAUAAACUUAUAUAUUCUUCACAUU